AUGCGUCCUACUGAUGAGUCUUCAAAACUCGCAUCUCUUUCUCGGUACUCUAUCUCGCGCUCCUACAUCCAUUCCAGUUGCCUAACCACGCACCAAUUCAUCUCUAUGGCUCAGUACAGCGGAAAGAUCCUGGCUACGCCGAUGCGUCUUGCUCUCGAUGCAGCCACGGGCACAUCCCGAUCUUCUCAGAGGACCCUGCUCGGGAAACGUUCGCGAUCUCGCUCGGAUGCAGCCAUCUUACUGAACAGCCAGAACCUUCACCAAUCGUCCCUUCAAUAUGCUGUACCUAUAACACCUGCUCCCGCCACCCGUUCACGCCGCUCCUGGGCUCUUGCUGUGUCUGGAGUUUCUUCCCAACUUGACGUUCCCACCGGUGGUGACGACCCGGACGAAGAAGAGAAUGUACCUCAAGCUGAGAAGGAACGCGAGAAUUUCGGCGUCUGGCUCGAUGACAACAGCACAGCGUCCGUCCCACCUGCUCCGCGACCUGUGCGGAUUCGCAAAGUCCUCGCCGACUUGGACCUUAACGUUGCCCGCGGUGACCCCUUCGUUGGCUCCCAUCAACCACGUGCGACACACGGCGACCUCUCUUCUCUGCUCAUGCCUAGUAGUCCUAUGUCUAGCCCGUCGACCCGCGCCCGUGCAAGACCAUCCAAUACCCGUUCUGAACAAGCUCGCGCUACUCUUGAUGCGCUUCGGGAAGAGGAUGCUGUUCCUAAGGAUGUCAAUCCCAACCGAGUACCGACGACUUCUCAGGAUACAAAGAGACGCCGCGUUACUCAGCCUAAUUCGCAGUUGGUUUCCGGACCGCAGUGUUCAGCUAGACGCACUUCUCGAUCCACAUGCCCGACAUCUUCAGCUUCGGUUCCCCCGCCGCGGUCGACCCCUGAGGAGCCCCUCACGGCGACACCGUCCUCUGCUACCCCAUUUGCUGCAAAGUUGCCUUCCAGCUCUGUCUCGGACCGCCUCCUCCGCUCCCACACAAAGCUCCAACGCGCGCAUAGCGAUAAUCUUGGCGCCAGACACUUCAACGUCGACACCGCCUUCAUCACGCUCACGCGACCCCGGUACAAGUUCCGGCGCACCCGGAGCGCGCCCACCGAAUCCAACGUGGCCGGCGCUCGCCAGCGACACCGUCGUCGUGAUCAAGAGCAUGAUGCGAGCGGGAGUGGGCCUCCAUCUCAGCCUGUAUCUCAUCGCGUCCCUAACUCUGUUUCCCGUUCUCUUGUCAACUCUGGUGACAGUCUUCAGGUCUUUGGUCACAAACAGCUGUGCGAGGACGUGGCCCGUGGCGACGCGGACGUGUCGGUCUCGCGAUGA